GUGAGACUAAAAUCAGUUGGGCUUUGUGCGUGGGCUGGAAAUAUGAAAGCCAAACAAAAUUGAAGUAAGAGCCAGAUAUCGCCACUCAAAAUCGCCGCAAUGUCCAGCGAUCAGGUAAGUUCCCAACCGGAAACGGAAGCGCACGCGCAGGCGGAAGCGGAAGCGGGAGCGGGAGCGGAAACGGAAUCGGAAGUGGACGUGGCGGUCGAGCCCGAAGUGCUCUCGGUAACCAGUGCGGCCAGCUCCGUGGAAGAUGCGGCACCCAGCACCAGCCGCAGUCACGGUGCUUCGGGCAAAUCCACCGAGGCACCAAUCACUGGUUGUGUGGUGCGAAUCAAGCGCGAACUGCAGGACAUUCGGAAACAUCCGCCACCGAAUUGCACCGCCGACUUGCAUCACGGGGAUCUUCUGCGCUGGACGGCAGGUGUGAACGGGCCAGCUGGCUCCGUGUACGAAGGCGGUCACUUCCGGCUGGAUAUACGAUUUCCGGCCAGCUAUCCCUUCCGCCCGCCACGCAUCCGGUUCACCACCCGGAUUUACCACUGCAACGUGGACAGUCGCGGCGCCAUUUGCCUGGAUGUUCUCGGCGAACGAUGGUCGCCGGUGAUGAAUGUGGCCAAGGUCCUACUUUCCAUUUACGUGCUGAUGAUUGAGUGCAAUCCGGACGAUCCACUAGUCAUGUGCAUUGCCGAUCAGUACAAAACAAAUCGCAGGGAGCACGACAAAAUCGCUAGGCAAUGGACGAAGAUGUUUGCGAUGACCCAGGCGCAGGAUGCGAAGGGAGGAAAGGAUGCGGAUCAGCAUAGUGGGCAAGAUCAGGAAUAAAGUCCAGUGCCAAGUCAGCCAGGAAAUCUGCAGUCACCAGAGCAAUGAAUCAAGUAAAACACGAUGCCCUUGAAUACAACUAUAAAUUUUAAAACGAUGCAUAUAUUUUGUCUAUUUUAUCUCUGAGAUGCAAGGAUUGCAAAUAAGUAUGCCC